CAGUGCUGUGCUCCGUGCGGCGUUCUGCUGAAGGGAUGAGGGCAGUAGAUUCAAGAACAACAGACCCAGAUGCUGAUGAGAGAAGAGCGGCACGAAAAGCGACGCAUUUGUCAGAGAAUGCCACGGCAAGAAAAUAGUUUCCAGUCAUUAACUCAGAGGGAAGGCAUCAUUGUCUCAUUGGCUACGUUCUUGUUUUUGACUUGAAGUAAUUACUGCAGCUAAUGCUGCAGAUCCUGACGUUACAAUGCCAGCGGGGCUGAAUGCGCAAGGCAGCGGUAUACCUAUGUCUGAUGCGAUGGGAUCAUUUAAGAGGAGGAAAAGAAAGUCCAUCAUAGUAACAGUGAUGCUCCUAAUUGUCUCCAUACUCAUCCUGGUCUUUGGUCUGGCCGCUACCACCAGGACACAAAACAUCACUGUUGGUGGCUACUAUCCAGGAGUCAUUCUUGGCUUCGGGUCCUUUCUGGGAAUCAUUGGUGCCCAUUUGAUAGAGAAUAAAAGGCAGAUGCUGGUGGCCUCCAUUGUCUUCAUCAGCUUCGGUGUGGUGGCAGCCUUCUGUUGUGCUAUAGUGGAUGGCGUUUUUGCUGCAAGACAUAUAGACCUCAGACCUGUAUAUGCUGGCCGAUGUGAAUAUUACUCCGGGACUGCGUUUGAUUUAGAUGUCCACUGUCAAACUGCAUCUCGGGUCACCUGUAACCUGCGUGUGAAGAGCAACACCUGCUACUGCUGCGACCUUUACAACUGUGGCAAAGAGCAUCCUCUUAUGGGACUUCAGAAUAAAGAUGUUUUGAAAAAAUUUAGGAAAUCCUCCAUGAUUUGGAAUCGAGUGGAACUGCGAGGAGGGUACCAUGAGUACACAGAGGUGCGGAGCUGCCAGGAUGUUGUGCACCUUUACCACCUGCUGUGGUCUGCUACUAUCCUUAACAUCGUAGCUCUGUUUCUGGGCAUCAUCACCGCCGCAGUGCUGGGUGGCUUCAAGGAUAUGAUGCCAACAGCAGCCCCAGAUUCCUGUGAGCCAGAACCUCUCCCUAUUCCUCCACCCCGAGAGACGCCUGGCCCCACCACCUCCAUCAACUCUUUUUACAACACUGCCCCCCGCUUACCUCCAUACACUGCCUAUGACCUUCAGGGUGCCAGCUUGUUUCCUGACUCUUCAGGUCUGUCUGAUGAUUCCCAGUCUGGAGCCAGUCACAUAUGGCCAAAUAUGAUCCCACCUCGUUAUUCUCCUCCUUAUUACCCACCUGAUGAGAAGCCCCCGCCAUACAGCCCCUAAGGGACCAGUCUGAGGAAGACAUUUUCCUGCCAAGAGAGAACUGGCAUUGGGUAUUUUUGGAUAUUAGUGUACCACCUCAUUGAACAAUCAUUGUUCUGAAUGAACAACCUUUGCAGAAGAGGCUCACCUGUGCGGCAGGUUAAGUAUAGAGAGACUACAGCGUUAACCACAGACAUUCAGCACCAAACAGCAAAUGUAAUAUGCAACAUUAAACCCAUACAAGAUUCGCUCAAGUCAACAAACCCGAUGUGUAAAAUAUUCAUGUUAUAUAGCCUCAAUCCAGGAGGACUAUAACAACUAGCCUGACUAUGAGAUCAAGACUGUUCACAGAUAAGCCUUAAAAUGUGUGUCCGCUUCCGGUACAGCUUCACCUGGCUCGCAGCCUCUUCCUCUUAUAAGUAACCUCUGUGGGUCUCCUACAUGUGAUUCCUCUAGUAAGUCCAUAAUGUGAACUUCUCCCUUCCAAAGUGGCCCAAAGUGUUUUGCCUCGCCUCUGCUCCCUCAGCACAAGGAUGAGUCUCGUAUCUUAUCUUGCAAUUGAUUUGCACUUUAUUGUCUUCAGAAUUUACUGUAUUCACACAGUUCUACGUAAUUACUUGAGUUAUUUGUAACUGUUUCGGGCAGCUAGAUUGUAAAGAACAUUUUUUUUAGGCUGAAUCUUAUUUUUUGUCCUGAGUGCUUCAUUAGGAUCAAAGAUCUAACCUGUAAUAUGUGGUGUUUCUUUUGCAUUACGUCAAGCACACAAUCAUGUCACAAAUUCAAAUAAUCUUUCAUGACAAAAUAUCCUUUAAUAAGCUCUUACAAGAAUGGGAGGACUUUCAAAACCUGUACUUCUCAC